AUGGCUGCGCCGAGGAAGGGGACGGCGACGCCUCUGGGUGCCGUAUUCUCGCCGGAGGAGACGAAGAGGGCUGUGGCGAGGGUAUCCGAGUCCAUCGCUGGCCGCCGCGCUGAGCUCGGGCGCCUCCAGGGCUUCGUCGCCGACAACGCGGCCCUCGUCUCCCACGUCAACAGGCUCCCCGACGAACUCUCUCACGAAAUCAUGAUCCCCUUUGGUGGCACCGCAUUUUUCCCAGGGCGUUUAAUACACACAAAUGAACUCUUGGUGCUUCUGGGUGAGGGGUACUAUGCAGAGAGGUCUGCUAAGCAGACGACUGAUAUAUUGCACAGGAGGGGGCAGGAAUUGGAAGCUCAAGUGGAAGCAAUGAAGGCGACUAUUGCUGACCUUGAAGCUGAGGCGAAAUUCUUUGAGUCCACUGCCACUGAGGCUUCAGAGGGUCUUGUUGAAAUCAGGGAAGAGUAUGAUGAGGACACAGAGACGAAUGCAACAAAAUCAGAGGCUUCAAUUGCUACUGAGGUUAUGUCCGAUAAAGAUAAGGAACAUGCUCGAAUCAUGGCAAGGUUAGAUGAAUUCGAAAGGGAAGAAAAGGAAGUUGGAAGUACUUCUGAAGAUGAUGAUGAUGAUGAUGACGAUGAUGAUGAAGACGAUGAUGAUGAAGACGAUGGAGAUGCUGGAACAAGUGAGGAUGGUGAGGAAAAUAAGGAAUCUGGAAAUGCUUUAAGUGAUGGCAAUGAGAACCACAGUUCUGGUUUUGGCGCUUCAUUUUCUGGAAGUGGUGGCAAUGAUAGGAGUCAUGGGAAUAUCAAGCUGAAGAGUGCACUGAAGAAGCCUGGAGGAGAUGAAAUGCUAAGAGGCAUUUCUCAUACACCAUCAUCAGCCCAUACAUCUCAUCCAGUAUUUCCUGGCCAAACUUCUAUAACAAAUUCUGAUGUCCGAGUUCGCACUAAAGCUGUUUCUUUUGAAGACGACAAAUAUGUAGUUAGUUCGUCAAAGUCUCCUCCCUUGCUACUGGAUUCAAUACAGUCUGAUCCUGGGCUCAAGAAUUCUUCAGACCCCACUCCAUCCCGUGACCGAAAGAUAAUAUCAAGUGGGCGAAAGGCCUUUACAGGAUCUAUCAUUGAGCACGACGACAAUCUUUCAACCAUUCAACCUUCUGUGGGUAAUUCGUUGGCAAAACCUGGUACUUCUGCUUCUUCAAGGCCCAUGUCAAGAUUCAAGAUGCAGAAAGGAGGGCGGUGA